UAUUAGUAUGCUAAUUCAUAUUAAUUAAUUAACAGAAGAGUGAAGGAGGCAGAAGCUGGAGAUGGAAGAGGAAGGGGCCAGGGCAAAGAGCUCAUAUUAAAAAGGGGGAGCUAAACACCAACCAACCAUUUGCAUCCUCCAUCCGUCAUCCGUCCUUCCUUCCAUGCAUGCUGUGUCAUGUUAUUGCUAACUACAAAGCUAGCUAGCAGAAGAAGAUAGUUCAUCCAUGCAUGCAUGACACCUCAAUAUAUAUUAUUUCUGUUUACAAACUACAUAUCUAGUUAGCUUCCCUAGGUAUAAGCAGCUAAACAAAUUGGUUGAGAGGGAGUGUGCAUUGCAGUGUUGAGAUCAGGAUCACUGGUCGAUCUGAUCGCUCACCUGAGGUGUAUGCAUGGGGCAUCACUCUUGCUGCAACCAGCAGAAGGUGAAGAGGGGCCUGUGGUCUCCUGAGGAGGAUGAGAAGCUCGUCCGCUACAUCACCACCCAUGGCUAUGGCUGCUGGAGCGAGGUCCCCGAAAAAGCCGGAUUGCAGCGGUGUGGGAAGAGCUGCCGGCUGCGUUGGAUCAACUACCUAAGGCCGGACAUCCGGCGAGGGCGGUUCACGCCGGAGGAGGAGAAGCUCAUCAUCAGCCUCCACGCCAUUGUUGGCAACAGGUGGGCUCACAUUGCCAGCCACUUGCCUGGCCGGACGGACAACGAGAUCAAGAACUACUGGAACUCGUGGAUCAAGAAGAAGAUACGCAAGGCUCCGGCGGCGCCGAACGUAACUACCACCUCGUCCACGACGUCGACGAGCCCACCAAACAACGGCCUGGCACCGUGCAGCGGCAGCACGGCCACGUCAGACGUCCACCACCGCCGUCUGCAGCAUCCGACGUUCAGCUGCGCACCGGCGGGGGACCACUUGCAGCUCGACGCCAUCAUCAGCCACCACCAGAGCACCAGCCUAGCCCUGCCGGUUGCCGCCGGGCAGGACUCGCCACCGGGGAUGUCGCAUCACUGCCCUCUCUUCAUGUUCGACGCCGGCGUCGUCAGCACGCCGUUCGCAUCCGCCUCGGCGCAGCAGCACCCGUUCAUCGCCAGCUUCACGGCAGCGAUGGCGGAAGCGGACACGCCCAGUUGCUACCACCUACCUCCCUUGGUGGACGGCAUGGGUGCCAUGGGAAUGUGCAUGGAAGCCAUGGACGAUCACUGCAGCGCCGGCGCCGGCAUGGGCAAUGUGUGCUUCGGGGACGAGCAGAGGCAGCGGCGGCGGCCGGAGCUGGAGGAGGAAGAGAGGGAGCAGCUAGGGCAGCAUGAGCAGUGGGACGAGGAGCAGCUGCUGAUGUGGGAUGAUCAAGAAGUACUAACACCGUCCAACAUGGAGGCCAUACAAAAUGGUGCACACUCCCUCCUUUUUAUGGGACCAAACGCAUGAUAAGAAAGCUGGUAAAUCCAUGUGCACAUAUGCUUUGCUUGCUCCAUGCAUGCAUGAUCAAGGAGUAUCUCUUCCCUCUCUCACAUCUGAUCUCUCUCUCUCUAGCUCGUUCUGCUGAUCCGAUCUGUCCAUAGAUGAAAUAAUGAGGUUUUCCAGAGGUGCACUUAAUUUAUUGUGUUUCAUUUUUUCUCAAAAUUUCCUAAUUUUUUUGUUUUUGGAGUGAAGAAUGUUUUUUAUUAAUUGGGCUUUGUAAAGAGAUAACCUGCAUGCAUGCAUGUUUGCAUGGCAUGCCAACUGGUGUGUAAUUGAUUGAUGUAUACUGAGUGAACUUAUAAUAAACAGGAAAUGAAUGGGAUCUCCUCCUUUUGCU